CCCGCCAAACAACGGCAUUCUGUCAUACGAGCCUGCGCCGCUCACAGCCGGCUCUCUCGCGACGAAGCUUCAGCAGCAGCGAGCAGAACUUUUCGAGGGAAACUUGCAAAGGCGAGUGAGUGGAUGGAUUUGUCAACUUUCAUCCGUUUUCGUCAAAGAUUUCCGGAGGAGAUCUCCUAUAACAUAACUCUCUGCUCUGUGCGCGAGUGCGACGUGUUUAAACCAGUGUUAUGCUCCUACUGAAAAAAGUGGAAAGCCGAUCGUGAAUAUAAAGAUUGAGACCGAUAUUGAAAAGCGCGGGCGCAUCAGUGAAAGUAUAUCGCUCGCCGAUCCGUGAAGCAGAAUUGCGCGCGAGAAAGCUCUAUAAUGAGCGCGAGUUAUGACCCGUUGCGCGAGCACAUAACUCGCGAUCCGCCGACUAAUAACAAUUCGCCCGAUACUCGGCCGAUGGGCGUUUUCUGAAAUAAUUGCAAACUCCCUCUCUCGGGGGAGCCAAAAAGAAAGAGGCAAAGUGCAAAUAAAGCGUUUCCCGUAGACCGCGCAGCUAUCGGUAAGUGCGAAAGAUUGCACGGAGGAAAAAGUUGGCUAAGCGCGCGCUGUGCCGGUGCGCAGGAAAAGGCAUUCCAAUCGCUCUGCGCGCCGCUGAAAUUUCCCACGAGCCUCGAACGCUCGCGCGGCCAUAUAGUCGAAAACAGAGGUAAACGCUCGUGUACGGAGCUGCAGUGUUGUGUGGUGUUCGUACGUGUGUGCAGCGCGCUGAAUUAAAAGGAACUAACCACCGCGGGUGAAAGUACGCCAGGCUCGCAGCUUAGAUCCGAAUCUUUGCGCGCAAGAAAAUCAGGAAUCAAAGGCCGCGCCUCUAUACUGACUGCACACAGCCACUCCCUCGCGGUUCCGUCUCCCGCGUGUAGCUCUCUCUCUCUCUCUCGAGAGAGAGAGAGCUCGAGAGAGCUGUCCAGGGCUGGAAAAAGGGACAGUGACGAUAUCGCGAGCGAGAGCGAGAGGGAGAGAGGAGAGAAAAAAGGAGAGCGGAUCGUGAGAUGAUCGAUCGGCGCUCGAUCGGUUCCUGAUCGGCUCGUACAGGGAGAUCGCAGAUAGAGCAUAACUCGGCUCGAGCGAGCGACGUUAAUCGGCCGGAUCGGAGCGACGGAUAUUGUGUGUAGAAAGCGAAAUCCGAUCGCGCGCUCGGGGGACUCGGCGGCGCGUACAGUGUGAGAAUACACGGCAACAUCGGUACAUCGUAAGCGCGUCUCCGAGAAGGUGUGAUAAUGCUCCAGAGUCGGCAUCGAUCAUCGUAAGACGCGGCUGAUAUACAGGUCGGUGCGGCGAUCGGGGCGGAACAGCGAGAUAGAGAGAGAGAGAGAGAGAGAGGGAGAGAGGGCGAGAAGAGAAGAGACGAAGGCCGAGAUGACGAGCCGUCUGCUGCUGGUCUCGCUGCUGGCGCAGCAGCUCUGCUGGACGACGGCGGCGGAGCAGCGGUUUGCCGAGGUGCCCGCCCAGUACCAGGAGGUCUCCCAGGGCGAGGACGUGAAGCUGCGCUGCUUGGUGCAGGACAAGCGCGGCCAGUGCAUCUGGCAGAAGGACCGCAAGCCCGUGGGCGUGCACCCCGACAAGUACGAGUGGGCCGGGGGCCGGGACGGCGACUGCUCCCUCCUGGUCAAGAGGGCCAGCCUCGAGUUCGACGACGGGCUCUGGGAGUGCCAGGUCACGCCCGGGGAUUUUACCCGGCAAGACGCUCUCACAUCGCCUCCGGCAAGGCUCCUCGUCCGAGUGAAACCGAGAAAGCCGCAGCUGGAGUACGCCGGAACGGAGCUGACCACCGGGCUGACCCUUCGCGAGGGACAGGAAGCUACGAUAUCCUGCGUGUCGAGAUACGGCAACCCGCCGGCACUCAUAAAAUGGUUCAUCGGCGCCGAGGAGGUGCAGCCUAUGCGCGAGCAGACCAACGGCACCGAGGUUAACAAUCCCAAGACUUGGGCGGCCCACAGCAUGCUGCGGGUCCGAGGCAACCGGGACAACCACAACAAGCCCAUAAGGUGCCUCACCAUGCACCCCACCAGCGCGCUGCCCGAGGUCGCCGAGUCCAAGUUCGACAUCCACUAUUCGCCGGAGGUGAAGCUGGAGACGAGCCCGCGAAUGCUGGUCUCGGCCCUGGAGGACUCGGCAAGCUUCGUCAGUCUGCGCUGCAUCUCCGACUCGAACCCGGCGGCGAGCAUCAAGUGGUUCAAGGACAGCUCGCCGAUAAUGGUGUCGAGCGGCAACGUCAUGCCGAUCGGCUACAACCGCACGCUGCCCAACAACACGAUCGUCGAGUCCGAGGUACGCUUCGAGCCGAUCAAGCGAGAGGACGCCGGGCUCUACAGCUGUCGCGCCGUCAACGUCAUCGGCGAAAGCGCCCCCGCCAACUACAGGCUCGACGUACAAUACGGACCGAAGCCGAGGUCGCUGAGCGACUCGGACAUCCAGCAGCACGAGCCGACGGUCGACGUGGUCGAGAAGACGACGUCGCUGGCCUCGAGCAUCGAGCCGUUCGAGUGUCCGGAGUUCGACGCUAACCCGGCGGCCCAGUACCGCUGGCUGCACCAGCGUGGCGGCAACACCGACACCAUCGACAACCGAGCCAACAGCCAGUCGCCGAACGGAGGUCGCCGACUGCGCCUGGAGAACGUCGGCUGGGCCGACGAGGGCGAGUACCGCUGCGUCGCCUACAACGUCAUCAACGGCGUGCGCCGCGAGAUGCCCAGCGACCUGCGCUUCGUCCUGCACGUGAUCGGGCCCCCGGAGAUACAGGCGAGGCCGUCGGCCGAAACCGAGGACGGCAUGUACGAGUCCAUCGGCUGGGCCGGCGAGCCCGUGCACAGGCUGAAGUCGAGGUUCUGCUCGAGACCGCCGCCGAGGAUCGUCGCCUGGCAGUGGGGCAGCUCGCACAUCAGAGCCGGCGAGAGCGUGAGCCCGAAGUACGAGGCGCUGCCGUUGGAGCCGAUAAUCGAGAACAAGAUGGUGACUAACUGCUACUGGGCCAAGCUGGAGAUCCGCGACCUGCAGCGCGAAGACGCCCGACUAUACACGCUGGUGGUGGAGAGCGAGAAGGGCCAGGACUCGACGAAUUUACGGCUGAUAGUGCGCGACCCCACCGAGCUGAGGAUAAUCGCCGCGGCCGGCGCAGUGGGGCUGCUGGUCCUCCUGCUGCUCUUCUCCGUGGGUAUCUACUCGCUCGUGCGCUCGAGGCGCAAGCACCGCGAGUACCGGCACGAGGAGGAGGAGGAGGGAAGCAUCUCGGCCGAGGCCUACUACGGCGCGACGCCGCCCCGGAACGGGACCGCCAACCAGACCCCCGGGAACCAGAAUACCGCGACCAUCGACCGGAACGGACAGCUCAAGGCCGGCCUCGAGCACCAGCACCCGCAGCAGCAGCAGCAACAACAGCAGCAGCAGCAUCACCAGCAUCACCAGCAACACCAGCAGCAGCAGCAGCAGCAGCAGCAGCACCCGCAGCAGCAGUACCAGCACCAGCUGCACCAGAACAGCUUGAAGCAGGGGAUGAUGACCGGCAGCGGGGGCUACGGGAGGAAGCCGCCGAGCGGCGUCGAGGGGGGCCUCGCCGUGAUGUACGAUUACGAUCAGAUCGCCUGCAAGUCGAGGACGGCCAUGAGCCCAGAGGCGCUGAAGGUGCGCCGCGCGCCGGCGGUUCUCCAGCCUCCGACGAUCGUCUGAUACCAGGAGGGCAGAUUCGCCGUUUUUUACGGCGCCCAAGAGGAGCAGCAGCCGCCCUCCUCUAGUCCCCUUUACGCCGCAACGAUGGAAUUCCUUGAUUAGGUUUUAUAUAUAGCUAUAGCACACAUACGCUCUAUACUCUGCAGCCCCUCUUUUUUCGCCGCGGCGGCGAUCGCAACCCACUGGGCUUCCUUCCUUCGCUUAUCGGAUUUUCCAUUUUUCUCCCGACGAGAGCGUAUGCGCGGGCUGAUUUUUUCGACACUGGGACAAUCAAGAGUAAACUCUGCGAGCUCGAAAUUCACUUACUUGUUUCCGCAGAGUAAUUUUCUUCCUUUCUGUACAUACGCCUUUUAGUUGUAUCGUGCGCACAAUGAUUUUCGCUAGUUUUAAGGCUCAUACUUAUUUUUACUAUGAUUACGUUAUACAUUAUAAGCGGGCAACGAUGACGCGCGACGGAGGACGAGAAUUUCAGUUUUUUCAACGAAAGUUCGAGUCUUGCCAAUCCAAGACUAUAAAUUAUCAAACUCGAGAUAAUUAUAACUAAGGUGUUCAAUCGUUAUAAUAAUACUGUAAUAGUCAUACGUGUUUAUCGCGAGCCUCAAAAGGCCAGCCGACUACGACUCCUCGACUCUAUAGGAAAGAUAAAAUCGAAAAAUAUACGUGGAUGAAAUACAUAAAGUUAUAUACGAUGAUAAAAAAGGCGCUCACGGCAACUCUAUAUAUGUAUUAUCUAUAUAGGUGGUAGAACAAGUGGAAUACACCAUUAUCGUUAAGGCUGAAUUCGUUCCGAUAAUAAAUACAGUUACCAUGACGAAAGUUCCGUUCGCAAACUUUUCGUCCUGAUAACAGAAUAAAAACAAUUGUUGUUCAAGAAUCUUUCUUACGGAGGGUCUGCGCUGCUCGCGCGCGAGCUCGGAAUACAUAAGAGAGAGAGAGAGAGAGAGAGAGAGGAGCGCGCCGGAAAGAGAUUCACGCGCGGAGAGUUUCGUUUUAUGACUCCUUAUCGAGAUUCAAGACUCGUUUUUGGAAAACUUUUAACGUAGAAUAGACGUAAAAAUCUUUUAUGUCUGAAUUAUCAUUCGCCGAGUGCGAGCAAUAAAAUUUCACUCAGACUCUUUUCAACAUUCUCGGUAUUUCCUUGUUAAUUGGACGUGUUCUCCUUUUUUUUCUUCCAGCUAAUUCUCGACGACCCGAAUUGUUUAUUAUUAUUUCGAACGAUGUAUUUGUCGGCUGAUUUACGUUCAUCUGGCGUAAAUACGUCAUGAUUUACGUUUGAAAUAUACAUAUAUAU